UGGCAGCAGCACACAGUGAGUAUUUUUAUAAAGUAUAAACGCAUGGGUUUUAUUGAGGUUUUAUCAGCUGUAUUAUUUUCUCUCAGUUGUGUUUUUACGUACACGAAAGCAUGACUUACCAUGAUUUGUUGCAAAGGGAAAUUUAAUUGUGUUUUUGUGAGCAAGUAGGCGGGACAACAAGCUAGUCUGCUGUGCUAUCAGUCUCGCGCCUCUUAAAAGCUUUGAGUCGCGAGCAUCAUGUAUACGGAAAAGUUUGAUUUUCAUUCACGUUUGAUUAUAUAUUUUACGUUUUCACCCGUUUACCUGACAUUUGAGCGUAAUUUCAUAGCUUGUAAGCAUGCAAAAGGUUUGUGUCUGUGGUUUAUACAGUUGGGAUACAAACACGCGCCAAAUUCGUUCUGCAGUAACCCAGCGCGCUGUUAUUGGUGUGAUUAUCGGCGACGAAUAGAGCUGUUGUGAUUCAACUGAAAUCAUGAGCGAAGAAAUUGAAGCUGUAAAGACUGAGGAUCUUCCCCAUCCUUUCCUGGAGAAAAAAUGCAUAAAAGAAGAGGAUAAGAAGAAGAAGAAGAAAAGGAAGAAGAGUCCAUCUGAUGGUGGUGAUGAUGAUGCAGGGCAUGAAGAAGCAGAAGAGCCUGAACCCAAAAGCAAGUCUAAACCCAGAGUCAAAUUGUUCGAACCUGAAAUUCUUGAAGGAAAACGGGAGAAAAAAAUUAUCCAGAGACUUGAUUUAAUGGAAAGACGGAAGGAAAAGCUGAAGAUUGAGAGCGUUGGAAGAGGCGCCAAACUGGGAGACAUUGCACGGAUUAAUCACUCCAUCGGAAAGCUUAAAGUCCAUCUGCUCAAACCUCUACAUAAGAUUGUAUAUGAUCGACCGGGAACUGCAUCAUUACUGCGGAAAAAUCUUAGGCUGUUUAAUGGAUUUCCUUUUGAGAUAGACAGUGAUCUUUACAUCAAAAAGAUGGAGAAAAUAAAAAAGCUUCAAAAAGGACUGCUCAAAACCAUCUGUCAGACUCUUGAUCUGGAAAGGUCUGGAACGCAAACUGUUCUUUCAGAGAGGAUCAUGAAAUUUCUCGUAGAGCCAACCAACUCAGGAAAGCCUGUCCUAAAGAAGAAAAAGAAGACGACCAAAGAUGCCAAAAGAGAAAAAUCUUCAUCCAAAAGAAAAAACCUACAGAAAAAAGUAGAAAGUGGAAAGUCCAAACCCAUUGUCACUGAUUCCAGCAGUGAUGAUGAUGAUGACGAUGAUGAAGAGGAGAGUAAAGAGAACAGUAAGGGCACUGAGAAGUCUGUGACAGCAAGUCAAAAAAAUAAAGAUAAAUCUUCUGAUAAAGAGGAAGAAGAUGAUGAUGAUGAUGCUCCUAAAGAAGAUAGUGAGGAGGAAAAAUCUGCUCCUCAGAAGAAAUCUUCCACUAUGAAGUCCAUGAAGAAAUCUGACCAAAAGACGGAUCAGACUUCAUCAGAUGACAGUGACCAAGAAGUUCAUGAAAACAAGAAUGUAAAAAAGAAAUCUCCUCAGAAGAAGAAAUCUUCCACCAUGAAGUCCAUUAAGAAAUCUGGCAAAAAGUCAGAUCAGACUGCAUCAGAUGACAGUGACCAAGACAUUAAUGAAGACAAGACUGUAAAAAAGACAAAAAAGAGGCCUGCUGCAAAGAGAAAAGCGCCAGCAAAGCCUGUCCUUAAAACCAAGAAAGCUGACAGUAGCAGUAACCGAAGGAAAAAGAUGGCAAGCAAGAGCAAAGAUGAAAGUGACAGCUCUGAUGAUGAUCAGCCAUUGAUCAAGAUGCUUAAAAAACCACCAACUGAUGGCCAGUUGAAGGAGGCAAUCCAGGAUCUCCUGAAAGACGCAAACUUGGAGGAAGUUACAAUGAAGCAGGUUACCCGACAAGUUUAUGACAAGUAUCCAGACUUUGAUCUGACUAGCAGAAAGGAAUUCAUCCGGGAGACAGUUAAAAGCUUGAUAUCCUGAAGUGAAGAGAAGAAAAUGCCUUAUUUAAAACAACGGCAAGGGUCAAGAUUGUGUACAAGACUCGAUUACACUGUUCACAGUUGUGUAGUUUUUAUUUUUAUUUUAUAUAAGGAUUCUCAACUUUCCAGCAAAUUCUGCUUUUUGUAUUUUAAAAAGCCUUUUAUAAAGUUUGGAUUUUCACAUUUGACAGCGAAUAAUAUGGAUUGUUUUUUUUGUUGAAAUAUACCACAUUUUUAAAAUGAUAUUUUUCCCCACUCAAUUUUUAAUGGCACAUAGUCACUACAUUGCAUUUUGACAGUCUUAGAAAAGACUUGGCUGUGUCAGUCAGCACAAAACCUGUGGCCUGCAGUUACAUUACAGUUGACAUUGCCAAGAUCUCCUACGCAAUAUUUAGAAAGUAUUUGUUUCAUUGGUCUCACCUGUUAUUAGCACUAGGUUUCAUUUUUGAGGUCUCGGAUGCUGAUUUGCAAAAAUGAAACUUUAGACAUUAAUAUUUUGGUCUAUAAUUGUAUUUCAACAUGCAUUUUUACAGUGUCGGCUUCCAUUUCAGUGUUGUUUAACAGAAGAAUUUGGUAUUUUAAAGGUUCUCUACGCGAUCCUGAGCGGAGUAACUUCCUGUU